AUGAAGGAACUUGCAACAGCAUUGGAACUUAAUGCUUCAUCAUAUCGAACAAUUGCAAGAUGGGAAAAACGUCUUCAUGAAAAAGGCGAAGAUGUCAAUAAUGAUCUUCAAUCUGGUCGUUUAGUUUUUGAGUUUACAGAUGUAAAUUGUGAAUUGGUACGAAAGGUUGCCAACAGUGAUCCACAUUCAAUUUAUGAUGAUAUUAUAGCUGAAACUACUCUCUAUCAUGGAUUUAUUUACUUAUUCGUAGUCAAGAAGAUGGAUGACAACAAUAAAAAUAUUUUUGAUGUUCUUGAAUCGCCAUCAUCACCAACACAAUCAAUGAAUGAUUUUAAAAUGAAAUCAACAACAACUAUAUCAUCUAAUAGUAUACUUUCUAUUCGUCGUUCUCAUCUUCCAUUGAUGAAUGCUGGUAAUGGAUUUUAUCCUACUUCAUCAUCGCCGACAUCUUCAUCAACAGAUGAAUAUCAACGAAAAAAGCGAACAGAUCGAGCACUUCAUGGUCUUGGUUUUAUUAAUCCAGGUCCAAAGAAUUUAGUUAAUGUAGCUAAUGUUCCAGCAAGACGUCCAAAAACUCGACAACCAACUACACAAGAAAAACCUAGUACGAGUAAACCAUUAUAUGAUGCAUCUGGUCUUCUCAUAUCUGAUCAAACAGAUCGAUGUGAUUGUAAUCGUUUAAAAUGUCCCGGAUGUUUUAUACCUUGUACGAAUUGUCAGUCACCAAAAUGUGGUAUCGAAUGUCGAAAUCAUCGAACUUAUUCUUAUGAAUAUCGUUUGUAUGGUACUAACAAAGAAAUAAUUCAACAAUAA